AUGAAACAUUCUUCCUCUUCUCUUUUCUGUAGAGAUUUUUUGCUUAAAGUAAAUGCUAGAAAUUCAUUUGAAAUUCCUCAACUCUCUCAUAUUUCGAUCAAUUUGACAAGCCGUUAUAUUGUUGCAGAAAAAAAACACAGUCUUUUCCCUAUGGUAAGUUUAAGUCUUCUUUCAGGCCAACACCCGAAGUUGUUGAGAGCAAAAAAGUCUGUCGCGGGGUUUAAAUUAAAAAAGAAUUCAAUUCUUGGGUGCAAAUUGACUUUACGAAGGGUAAAAAUGACAUCUUUUUUAGAUACUCUGGCAUUGGUUGUUCUUCCACAAAUUAAAAGAGACCCUCUUUUUUCUGAACGCACUUUAUCAGAGCCGGGGGUACUGCAGCUUGGUUUCACAGAAUUCUUAUUUUUUCCUGAAUUAGAAAAAAAUUUUGAACUUUUUGAAAUGAUGCGAGGGUGCUCUAUUCAAUUUCAUACGACGACAAAGGCAGACUUUGAAAAAAAACUCCUAUUUACGUCAUAUAACUUCCCAGCUUACCAAAGAAUGGCCUAA